CGGCUCUGUCUCCUCCCUGCAGCCCUGAUUACUCACUCCGUGCUGGAAGGAGGAGGGGAUUUCUAGCCAUUCAAUCGCUCUACAGCAGCCAUCUUCACUUCCCUUUUUUCUCAUCAUUUCAUCCUUUGCAUUAGUGCAGAGUCUCUCCAGCCCGUGGGUGCAAAGCCCGGGCCAGUCGCUACAGUAGCUUGGCUCUGCCUACUUGGAGAAGGAGCCGGGGGCUGGGGUUUGCAACACUCCUUGUUGGAGGGGCUUGUGACUGAGACCAGGGGGUACCAGAGUGAAUCCCACGCACAUCCAUCUCUGCUGGACUGGGCAGUGAACUGCACAAAGCGGAGCGGAGGAACGUGGGCAACAGAGAAGGAGAAGCGUUCGGUGUUUUAUCGGCUCGGGAAGUCCUCAAGUGCAUUUUCCUCAAUGUUGGGGAGCGCAAACUGAAUUCUCUCAGAGGCUCUGCAUACCUUCCAGAAGGCAUUUACAUGUAAUUGCACAUCUGUUGGAUUAAGGGCUCUGCUUGGAAGAACAAUUCGGAGGUCUGGGUGGCUUUAUUAUCCCCACCUCUCUGUGGCUUUAGGACUAACAAAAAUGAGUGAAUUCUGGUUAUGUUUCAACUGCUGCAUCGCAGAACAACCACAGCCUAAAAGACGAAGGCGGAUUGACAGAAGUAUGAUUGGUGAACCUACGAACUUUGUUCACACAGCACAUGUAGGAUCAGGAGACCUUUUUAGUGGAAUGAACUCCGUGAGUUCAAUUCAAAACCAAAUGCAGUCCAAAGGUGGCUACGAAGGAAAUAUAUCGUCGAAUGUUCAGAUGCAGCUUGUGGAUACAAAGGCAGGAUAACCAUGGUACUACAUUGGCAAGCCUUUCUAGAUGGUUCGUAACUUCGCCUGCCUCUUGUCCCUCUCCACCUCCAUUUUUGCGUUGGUAACUCUGCUUCUGUGUUUUCCAUCGCCUGCCAGAUGAUUCCUUGUUCCCCUCAUGUGAUGACAGAUUGGAAAAGAUGUUGGCCUGUGCUGAGGAUGUAGCUUUUCAGUUCUGUCGGACCAUGCCUUUUCACUUGAACACAGGGCUCUGGUCUUUGCCAAAACCUUUUACUCCCCUUCUAUAAAAGCAGAAUUUUAUUUUUUCAGGCCCUGUGUUGUGGCACAGCAUUUUUUAAAAACAAUUUUUCUGUUUUGUUUUUGUAUUUUUUAGCAAUGCUUCCACUCCUAACAUUUUUCAUUGCUCGUGUGAUUUUUGGAAAGUCCUGAGGCCUGCAAGCACAAUGCUAAUUGCAAUUUGGACUCCAGUGAAAUUGAAGCCUUGCAUGCUUUGUAAUGUUUUUCUGUACAGCAGCUCACCAAGCCUAGGAAAGCAACACUGACAAAUGCUUUCUCGGUGGCACCAACCUGUGCCUGGUCUAUUACAAGAAGACAGGAAACGAAAAAAAGACUUAUUUUAUCCUAGCUGCUUUAGAGUUCUGUCAGUUUAGUGAUAACCAAGCCAGUUUUGAAGAGGAAAAUAAUAAUGAUAAUAAUAAAAGAAGAAUCUUCCAUUCAUAGGAAUUCUGCUGUAAAUGUUCAGUAUAUUUAUUUGAAAGAUCUGACCUCAAGAUUGUAAACCCGUGUAGUAACCUAUAAUGUGUCGUGUUGGUGAUUUUGUCUGUAAGGAAACAAAUAGAACACCCUUUGCCCCUUCAUCAGCCAUUUUAUGCAUUUUAUAAGCUCUGCCUGCAAUGUUCCAUUUUUCAUGUUGCUCUUCUGCAGGUUCUGUCCCAUUACCUAAAGGCCAUUAUUGAAGUGCAGUGUGCAGUGAUAUGGAUGCCUGUUUUACCAGAUUGAAUAGGAAUCGACAAACUGGCUUGACAUACAGGGUGACUUUUUCCGACUUUUGGAAAAGUCUUUUGCUCAGGUUCCAAAGCAUGUAUUUCUUUUCACACUUUGUGAAAAUGUUUUUUUUUUUUAAUAUUGCACUGUUUCUUGGAUGUACAUGUUAUUGAUCCUGUAUUCAUUACCUGUUAGGGGCUUAGAGAAGAACAACUUGGUUGCAUUGAAUAUAUGAGGUUUAUCUGCUUGUCUGAAAAGAUAUUUUGCCAAAUGUACUGUUAUAUCUAGCAACCUGUAGCUUACACACAACUCAACCAUGUGCAGAAAGCAAAGCUAAAAGAACAAGUUAUUGAUGCAAUGCCAGAGGGAUCCUCGGCACAUUUGUUGCAGUCAAAUGGUUAAUUUAAAAAAAAAUCAGAAUGUAUAUUUAGUAUCUAUUACCAAGCCAAACUCUAGAUCAGAUUUUAAGAAUUAAUUUACAUACAAUACAGUAAUGCAAAAAAGUGUGGCCCCCACCUGUGUGCCACUUAUUCCCUCUAAAUUGUGCGCUCUCUGGGCCAGCGCACACAAAAAAGUGUGGUGCCCACAUGGAUUUUUGUGUGAGAAUAUAAAUCUUAGCAUUAAUUCUGACCUGCACACACAAAUUUUAAAAAUGUGCCCACAAGUUUAAAAUGUGCACACAAAAUAAAUUUUUUUGUGCACGUAGCUGAGCAGAAAUGAGAGGGAACAUUGCUUGUGAUUGUUGUGUUUCCAUCAAUUACUUUUAAGGUAAAGCGUCUCCUUAACAGAAAUGCAACUUCCAAUCAAAGAUUACCAGUGCUUGCUGGAAGUUGUCAUUCAGCUACAAUUGGAGUCUUCGAUUGACCGUACUCUUUUACAAAAAGUGUUUUUCGCUCUCAUUGAAAAUACCUCUUACAUAUAAAUUCAUUAUGUAGCUUUAGGCACUGCCACAUGUUUGUCUCUUAGGAUGAAUUUUACAUAGAUGAUUUUAGCAACAUCAUCAGCUCUAUAUUUACCACCACUUGGUGCUUUGGUUGCAGAUUAGAGUUGCAAAACAUGUUACAAAACAUGGAAAGGGUGCUAAAUGGAUGCAAAUUGCCAUGUUUUGUACUUACAAUACAGUGUUUUUCUCAGAAUUCCAGGGGCAAACUUUAUGAAAAGUACACUUUGCAGGCUUGUGUAAAUCUUUGCAGUUCAUAAAUGUCUGCUAUUCUGUAAUAAAUACAGAAACAACUAUUCCUUGCAUACAACUUACUAUGCACCCAAACUUUGUCAGGGAUAGAAAGUGGUCGAUAAACCCAUCUUGUAAACAGAGUGUGUGUAUGUAUGUAUGUAUGUAUGUAUAUAUAUAUAUAUAUAUAUAUAUAUAUAUAUAUAUAUAUAUAUAUAUAUAUAUAUAUAUAUUUUCCAUUGGAGUUGAUUAACAAGUGAAAUCCAACAGCCUGAAGAGAAUCUAGUAUUGACUGACUGUUUUAUCCAUUGAAAUACUUUAGCCAAGUGUGCUAGAACUAUUUCCAAUGCUUUUGUCAUCUGAACCCCAGUCUAUACAAAGAGUAGGUUUAUCAAAAAAAUAUUUUCAGAUUCUUUGAUCAAGAGUUAAAAAAAUAAAAAAUAAUUUACAUAUUUUUAUAACAAAACAUACUUUUUGUACAUUGUGUUCAUUCUUGAAUGAAGUCAGUUCAGUGUUGGCUUGUAGAUAUUACAGAGAAGUAUUGACAUUGAUUCAAUAAACAUUUUCUUUCA